AUGUUUUUGACCAAGUCUGGCACCUACUUGGCUAUAUUAGUGAAGCUCUGGCUGCUCUCAAGCAACGUGAAAGUCUGUGCCUGGCCCUGCAGCACUGAUAGACUAGUUCAUUCAGCUGCGUCUUUUGAUGUGCUACACGUACGAAUAAGCCCUCCAUCUGGUGAGCACCUUAGUUAUGUUGACAAAGAUCCAAUCUUAAUACCACACCCAUGUGGAAAGAGAUUUCCAUCAGGGAUUCCCCCAAGUUUAUACCUUGGGGAAAAGGUUUUUCUCAGUUUUGACAGAUUUGAAAGCAGCCAACAGCCACUACUUAUUCCAUCAGUCUUAACAACUCCACCAGCCCUAGUUAGUGCUGCUGUCUUUGUCCAAACAGACAGGCUCCUGCUAGUGGUAAACGGGAUGAUUUAUCUUUACUUCUUUAAGAAACUGAAUUUAUGGUCAAAGGCAAAAGGGAUUAAAGAUCCAGUUACUGACCUCUCAAACUAUGACUGUUGCUUUGCUCCAAAAGAUCCGGUCUGCUAUGAUAUCAGUAAAAUUGUUCUGGCCUAUGACACAGGCGAUUUGGCCAACACCAGGCAGAUCUUCUACUCCGAAGAUGGUGGUUAUGCAUUUAAGCCUAUAAAAAGUAGGCCACAUUACGAUGGCUCACUAAUUCGUGUAUACUAUUUUGCUUCCUCCUCAGAUGUUGGAAUGCUUGUUAAUAGGACUAUAGAUAAUGCAACUUUGACGUAUUUCACAUAUGGAGACGUAGACUAUGUGAUCGAGGAAACAGGAACACCAUUUGUUUUAAAUCUACACCAUGAUGACAAAAUCCUAAGCAUACUUCCUCCUGGGCUAAGAGGUUUUAUCAUACUUUGGAGCCAUGACCACUUUAUGAGCUCCUCCAACAAUGGGCUGACAACAGAAGCAGUCACAGUACUUCCCACACAUGAUUAUCCUAACACCAGUUUCCCUACACAUGAUGAAGGUGUAUGUUUUGUGACUGCCAGCAGUUCUGAAGUUGCAGCCAUCACCAAGAAUCGGCUUUUCUAUGGAAGCUUGGACAUGGUCUCCAGCCAGAUGGUACUUCUUGGGGAAAGCAACUUCUCCACGCCAGCUGACCCUUGUGAAGUGAUGAUGUUUGAACAGAGUGGGACACUUAGUAUCAUACACCCCAUUCCCAGCAAUGUAUCUGAUUAUUAUAACUUCCAUAAAUGUACUAUCAAUAUACAAGCCAGGCUCAUGGAUUUGAGCCCACCAAUGAUGCCUUGCCCAAUAGAGGUUCUUUAUGCAGAAUUUAAUGAUCGUAUGUUUUAUAUUGAUAUAGCAGAUCAGCUUUCUUUUAAUGUCACAUUUGUCCCCAAGCCAGGCACUGGGGCACAUCCUUAUGUGACUAUGGGCAAUCCAGACGUGCUGGCCUUCCGGGCACACAUUGUACAAGAAGGCUAUACCUAUGACGGAAACCCUAAAUAUGUCUUACAUAUAAAACUGCAUGAGCAAAAGUUUGGGGAAAUGUCUUAUGAAGAGUAUCAAGAUCGUCAUCUCACAGGCAAGGUAUCUACUGUCACUGUGGAUGUCUACAACAAAGGCAUAUUCUGUGUUGAUAUGCACCCACUGACGGCUCUUAUUGCUGUUGAAUGUCCGCCAACAAAACACAUCAGAAUUGCUAAGUCUGUAACAGCAUGCAGCAAGGACCUCUUCAAGCCACGCCUGAUGCAAAAUUUUAGUUAUGUAAUUGAUGGAGAUUUCUAUGAUCCGCUUUUACUUGGCAGAAAAGAUAUGAGAUGGAGGGACCUCUCUGUUAAUUAUAAAUAUGAGGAAUGGGAAUGUCCUCUUCUCCUAUAUUAUGACAGUCCAUGGAUUCCAAGUCUUGAGCUGUGGGAAAAUGAUGUAUUUGUGGAAUAUGUAUCUGCUGAUUUUGUACUCAUCGAAAUCAAUGGAAUGCAUAAUUAUGAUUAUCUCUUGAAUGAAGUAGAGGCACAUUGUCUGUCAGCAGCUCAGAACUGGAGCUCUCAGAUACUAUGGGAUUCUUUGAUGCAGCCACUUACUGCUUGGAGCAGAUAUAAUUAUCGCAGUUGCAAGAUACACAAAGGAAAUCAUUCAUUACCAUCCACUGACUUGAAGUAUCAAGUUCUAAACAUGAAUGAGGAUAACAGAGUAAUAUUUCCACAGUACAAUGGCAUUUAUGUCUUCAGAGUAGUUGUUGUGGAUCCACGCUACAGCUACUGUAACCUAAACACAACUAUCAGUGUGUAUGUUCAUGGUGCCCUCCCAAAGUCUGAGAUCAAUGCUGUCAAAACACUGGUUAGCUUUCUGGUUCUGAUAUUUGGCUGCAUCUUGAUGGCAUACUACUUUCCUAAAUUAAUGAAGGAAAAUGCAAGGAUGAAAUCUGUUUGGGACUAA